AUGGCCCCGAGUUCCUGGCGUCCCUUAGAUGGGACAGGGGUGCUAAGAAUCCCCAGGUGGAAAAAGCAACAAAUGAAGAUAGGAACGUGGAAUGUCAGAAGUUUGAAGAGUCCCGAAAAGGCCUAUAAUGUCUGCAAAGAAAUGCAACGAAUGAAGAUUAACAUCAUGGGACUAAGUGAUAUCAGAUGGAUAGGCAAAGGUAAACAUCAAAUAGAUGAUAACUUCACCAUGUAUUACUCUGAUUCUGACGAUAGCUCCAACAAACUUAAACAACUAAAGAAGAGAACAGAGCACCACGCAACAGACGUGAGGAAACUUAAAGAGCUUAACAUCCGAGAUAUAGUGGCGAAAGAAAUAAAUGAGUGGGCGCAG